AUGAAGGUAGUCCUACUUCAUCAACCCAUCCUCUUCUUUUCUUUUCUUUUCUUUUCUUUUCUUUUCUUUUCUUUUCUUUUCUUUUCUUUUCUUUUCUUUUCUUUUCUUUUCUUUUCUUUUCUUUUCUUCAUUUUUGAUAUCCCCCACAAUUGGAGGUCCAGUAUCUUGUCUCCUUGUUUAGAACAUGACGAAAUGAUAAAACCAUUCUUCAUUCUCUUCAAUUCUAUUCCACUUACUCACACCCAUGUCUUUCUCCUUCGAUUUCCCCUCAUUCCAAUCAUCCUCUCCCUCUCCUGUCUCUCCCUCACCGAAAUUCCUGCCUCCUUAUCCAUCUCCAUCUUCUUCCCCCUCCGCCAUACCCGAAUAGCAAACCCCGCAGCAAUAAGUACAACCAACAGCAGCGCGCCCAUUCCAAUCGCUACCUUGCCAGUCGUGUCGAGCUGGAACGGCACGAUGUCGCUCAGCAGCACCAUCUCUGGUAACUCGCCUGAAGAGUUUGCAUUUGGCGUUGGAGUCGGUGGUGUGGAGUGGUAGUAGAAGUUUCCGUGCUUGGGGAGCGUCUGGUUGGAUUUGUGGUGGGGGUGACCGUAUGGUGGGUCGUUUUUGGGGUGGGGUGGCAUGUUUCUGUAGGUUAUGGUGUUGGUGGUGGUUUUGGUAUGUUUGUGUGUGUGUAUGUACAAAUUUCUUUCAGCGGUAUGUCUGUUUGAUAUGUUUGAUGUUACUCUGCUUCAGUUC